UGGAAAAUGUCUUUUGUCGAGGAAGGAGCAACGCAACGCUUGCAGACGCCCCACCUGCCUCUGUCGCGAUUUGUUCUGCCUGCGACAGCCAACAUCACGAAUGCGGUGUUUACUUUUUUUUUAUUAUCUCCCUUUAACAACUGCACCACACCCACGCUGCCAUCGACGUUUCAACCCGCAAAAUGUGUGGCAUACACUUCUGCAUUCGCUCGGCCUCGUCAGAUUCACCAGAGUCGCGUCCUUUGGAUCCUGCCGUGGAGCGCCGCUUGUGCAGCCGCGGGCCUGAUCAUCUCGGUAGGGUCGAGGCGCGAUUCGGACCUUGGCAGCUUUCAUUCAGGUCGACGGUCCUCGCCCUCCGUGGCGAUUCUAUCACCACACAGCCGUUUGAGGAUGCAGCCUCUGGCUGCGUGCUGUGCUGGAAUGGCGAGGCCUGGCGGAUUCGCGACCGCGUCGUCGAGGGCAACGAUGGCGCGCAAGUGUUUGAGUUGUUGGCCCGAACCUCGGGUACCUCGGCGGACGAGACUGAGAAUGGAAUCCUCGAUGUGCUUCGCUCUAUUGAAGGUCCUUUUUCUUUCGUCUUUUUUCACUCGCCUACCGACAAGAUCUACUACGGAAGGGAUCGCCUGGGCAGGAGAUCUCUAGUUACAUCUAGUGACGGUGGAUUCAAGCUGUGUAGCAUUGCCGAGUCUUCUUUGUCGUCCUGGCAAGAGGUUGAGGCGGAUGGGAUUUACUGCCUGGACCUGGGCAAGUGCUCGUUUGAGCCCUCUUUUCCCGAGCCCAUGAUACAUAGCUGGACGGCCGACCAUCGGCAAGAUAUUAUUUCUGGUAUUGGAUGUUUCAACACGGAACUGCCUAAGGACCCCCAAGCAACCUCGCCGCCAGAGAUGGAUGCAGUGCAGCCAUUAUAUGAGCAUCUUGCGGAAUCUUUAAGGCUUCGCAUCCUCAACGUACCGAUACCCCCUCGUGUCGUUUCCGCGACAGUACCAGACACCAGGGUUGCUGUCCUGUUCUCUGGUGGCCUUGACUGCACAGUUAUUGCCAGGCUCUGUCACGAACUUCUCCCAGCCAGCCAGGGCAUCGAUCUGUUAAAUGUAGCCUUUGAGAACCCUCGGCUAGCAGCCGCGCAACGCAAAGUCGACCGUAGUGCGGAAGAUUUGCUUGAAGAAUUGUAUGAGGCUUGCCCAGACAGGGUCACGGGCAGGAAAUCCUUUGCUGAGCUGCUACAAGUAUGCCCAGGGCGAGCCUGGCGGUUCAUUGCGAUCAACGUCCCCUAUACAGAGACUACGUCCCACCGAGCUGAGGUCAUCUCACUCAUCCACCCUCACAAUACCGAGAUGGAUCUUUCCAUUGCCUAUGCCCUAUACUUUGCUGCUCGUGGACAAGGUGUAUGCUACAACAGUGACUCAAUGACUGACAUCAAGGGCAAUGCGACACAACGGCCUGAUUGCUUUACCCCCGCGCGAAUCCUUCUCUCGGGUCUGGGGGCUGACGAAUUGUUCGGUGGCUACACCAGACACGCAACCGCAUUCUCGCGUCUGGGCUAUGCGGGGCUGGUUGAGGAGCUCAAGUUGGAUGUCGCACGACUUGGAAAGCGGAACCUGGGCCGUGACGAUAGGGUCAUGUCAAGCUGGGGAAAGGAAGUCCGCUUUCCUUUCCUUGACGAGAGGCUUGUACAGUGGGCCAUUGAUCUACCAGUGUGGCAGAAGUGUGACUUCGGCUUUGACCAGCUUGACGAAAACAGCAUCGAGCCCGGAAAACGGGUCUUGAGGCUUCUAUCCGAACAGCUGGGCCUCAAAAAUGUUGCGAGGGAAAAGAAGCGUGCGAUACAAUUCGGCUCCCGGACUGCAAAGAUGGAGAAUAGCAAGGUCAAAGGGACGACGUUGAUAACGUAAUACACCCUGGUCCACAGCUCUAGGCAUGCAGUAUCAAUGCCUCGAAUUCUCCUGGUGGUCUGGUUGCUAGACUGUUGACGCAUCCGCUCUUCCUACAAAGUAACUACAAUCCUGGCGGUGAUGACACAAUUACAGAUACUUCCGAGUACUGAGGGAUUCAGCAGCGACUGGAGACAAAAUCUGAUCGCGGCGCUGAGGUUGUGUGUUUCUCUCGCAUCUCUUGAUGGGCUAUGAAACCCUCCUCUUCCUACGACGAUGAGUCUUACUUGGUUGCUAGUUCACUCAUCACAAUGACGAAGUAAAGGCAAGUCUGAGCCAAUGAGUUCCUUCUGCCUUGGCAGUACCAAGGCCUCGUCCGAUAGUUGAGCCUCAAUUAAUUGAAUGCAUGUCAACUCUUCCGUACGUUGCUUUUUCUAAGCUUGGCAAACUGCAACCUGGUUUACUCAAUCUUUGGUUGUCCCCCGUCGUAAAUCAUCCACCGAUCGAAGUUUGCUCUUUUUCAACCACACCUUGAACCACUUGAAAUUUGGAUGGUGCAAGAUUUUGUGGAAAGAGCAAGACAAGAUCGCUGGCGACAACAGUUGCAACAAACGCGACAGGGUCAAGGGUCAAGGCAAACGAUCCGGGGCAAGCAGAAACGGUCAGGCUUUUGACACGUUCAUCACCUCCACAACGGUGUGUGGCAUGUUUCCUCGGCCCUCCACUUGCCAGGCGAAAUUAUGUGGUGCAGGUCGCUUAACGCACAGGGCGGGGUGGUGAGCUGUGGUCUGCAUCACGACGACUGCCUGAUUUCAGGCCAUUUGAGAUGGUGAAAAGCAUCAAAAUUAUUUUAGUGAGUGGUCAACAUAGUAGCCAGUAUUGACUUACACUUACUUCAUAAUUAAUCUUCAUCGACGGACAGGUUCCCGCUCAUACCGUCGUCACCACCGCGGGCAUGUGAGCCGUCCCGAGGACGACGACUUUCGGUUUCAAAUCUCAGGGCGGGAGCCACACACACGGGGACGCGCGACAUGGGUUUGUACGGUAGCAUUUUACUCAUCCUCAUUCUCUUCCGAUUUAUGGGCCAUAGUGACAAACCAAUCGGCUCACGACCUUGG